AUGCCCACCAGUCAUCGCGUCGAUUCGACUCUUCUCUCGCUCGUCCUGUCAUCCUACUCGCACCAUUCAAGUGGCCAGAAACUUUGUGCCACUGCCACCGCCAUUGGUGCUUCCGCCGUGGGACUGUCUAUCGGUCGCCCGCUUUCCACCCCGGCUUCCGCUGCCUUGCCAAACGAGCGCCCAACAAACGAACAGAGCAAUAUGUUGAUGACGCCUCCUCACUGUUCGAACACACGCAGUCCACCCUUCACAUCCCUUCAGUCCUCCACGCUCGAGACGGGGAGUCACGAAAGACGCCCAGUUCGUAUGGCGAGAAGGAUGACCACAAGCAAUACGAAACCCGAGAUUCGGCUGAGCACUGGGAGGACUCAAAUGCAGAUGCCUGUGGAGGAUGACCAUUUUUCCGAUGUGCAUGCCGAACUAACACUCCGGACCCGCCCCUCUUGGAUAAAACGUCUGUCCAAUUAUUCAUUACAAGCCUCGAGCCACGAAUGCGACUCCAGACCUGUCUCCCCCUCCGUCUCUUACUCGAACGCCUCGAUGGCUUUCUCGAAUGCGGGCUCCACCGUGCCGAUGGUCGGACAACCCUCCCCUGAGCCACUUGCACCGAAUAAGCUCGUCAAACGAUCGACCUCCAUACGAACAUUCAACAACACAGCUCGACCCACAUCCUCCCGCAUGCCGACCCUACGGAGACCUGCCACAAGCCACCAGAGGUCUGCGACGCUACAAUGCCAGACUUCCUUGGUCGGCAGUACACUCGAUGAGGAUAUGGAUAUAAGGUCUCCAGGGACUCCAUCGAGCUCCGAAGUGCAGUACACCCGAUUCUUUAGCCCCACGCUGAAGAAAGGCCGCACCGCCUCUUCGAAAAAGAAGAAGAAUGGUGACUACAUGAAGCCGAUCAAACGAAUCGUUCCUGAUGCACGCUCAGAACCGACCCUGUUGCUUGCAAAGUCCGUUGUAGCCUGUUCCGUAGAGAUUGAUGACCUCUCGAGUCAGGAUGGCGAUAGCAUUGACUUGAGCCGCCCUGGCACGCCCUCGUUCACGCACAUACAAGACCAACCCCGGGAUCGAGGUCUUUCUGUCAGCAUCCCCAUCAAGAGGCAAGAGGAGAGUUCAAAUGGCACAAAGUUCCGUCGUUCCUUCUCGAUUUCGGACUAUCUGCCUGCAGGUCCACACUCGAGGAAGCUUCGCACCGAAAAGCAAGCCAACAACAUUUUGUUGCGGAGCACGAGCAAGCGAACCACAUCCGCGCCCCUCCUACGAUCCCAAGCUGCAGCCCCUGGCGGCGAACACCUUUCAGACCAGGAAUACAUUCGGCGCGAUAUUUCUGACCCAACAAUAUCUCAUAGAAUUAUUGGUAGCUCCCACGCAGGAUCGCCAGUCGUGGACCGGACUCAUGAGUCGUCCCCGAAUAGUCUUGCACGCGGAGGGAUCUCAACCGAGGGUACACGGAAGUCUGAUUCGGCACCGCGACAUCCUCGCCUGUCUACGGCGGCGUCGGAACAAGCAUCCACCCUGGUCGGGUCGGACCACGAUACCAGAGAUAUAGGUUCUGGGGACGAAGACUUUGAUUUCCAAAGCGAUACCGUCUUCGAUUCGUUGCGCACACGAGGCACCCGAAGCACUUCGGGUGCUCGGGGCCCACGCAUCGAGACAAUCUUUCCGGACUUCUCACCAACAAAUCACAAAGCAAACAUGCAAAGCAUGCGAGAGAUUGUGAUGAAAGACAAUGGCCAACCCGUACCGGUCGAGACGUUUCCACAUGCAGGGAUCAUGGAGGAAGAUGAAUGCACCUCUUCGCCAGGCAGAACUACAACGGCAACAGAACGAUUCGAUGCAUCCCCGCCAAAGUCACAAAGCUCAGGCAAUUCUCUUUUCAACUCAAACAUUUCAGCUUCGGCCACCGACCAUCCAAAACCAUUAAGUCUUGGCACCUUGGAAUGGGAUGCCGUUGCAGAAGAAGAGAGUGACGAUGAUAGAUGGUCAUUUUCCGACGAGGAAAUAGAUGCCCCCAAACAUAGGAGAACCUUUCUCAAGACGCCAUUCGCACCAUCAAAGCAGCCUAGCACACCAUGUACAUCCUCUGAGAGCAGUAAUUUUCCGGCGCUACGACAAAACCACAUAGAACACAUAGAUCGAGACGCAAGAAGCUCGAUAUUCGACUGGUCCGAGCAACGCCCCUCUGAAAAGAGCCCUGGUAGCCGUACACCUCCACGUCCCAGCACAGUGCAUGGCAAGAAAGACGCCGACGGUCGGGGAAGUCGGGCCAUUGGUCGUCGCGCCCCCAGUGGUCUGCAUGCCCGCAGUCAAAGUGUCCCUGUCGUCCCGGACCUUGUAGGAAAACGUGAUACGGUCGUAACAAACAAGUUCGGAACUUGGGGCGUGGGGAGUAAAGGUGUAACGGAAGACUGGAAUGAUGACUUCGACUUUGACGGCUCGAAUGAGCCUCGUACCGUAGGCGAAGAUGACAUGGCCAGGGCCGAUAGUGGCUUUUCUAUGUUUGUUCCGAAAACGAUCAGAGAGCAGCAGAGCAACGUCCUUGCCAAUAUUGGAUUGCUCAGAGAAUGGGGCUUGUUGAUUGAAGAAUUGAAGGAGCUACGAAUGCGAGCUGUACACGCCGGUCUGCUCGACGACCGGAACAAAAACACAUGGCAUGAAGUCGAUGCCAUGAUCGAGCUGGCUGACCAAGAAGCUGAUGAUGAUCCGUUUGGGGGUGAUCAGUCACCGACAUCAUCGCCAGGACUUGAUCUUGAUGAAUUUGACGAUAUGAACGGAAUGAAGUAUGCAGUGCGAACACCCCAAAAGGUCAGCGCAAGUAAAGAUGACACGCAUCUGAACAGCCCAGGCCUCAGUCUAUCGCAAGGAAAAUCGCGGCGAAGGUCUAUAUUGAGAGCAAACAACGAUCUAUUCAACCCGAAUCAGACACCGCCGACCUCAAAACUGUCACAGAGCCACACAUCGUCCCCGGCUAUGACACCACCAGCCGUGCGAACGACCCGACCAAGGAAAGACUCCGAAGCAGUCGCUCUCUCUGUCAUAGAAGCACUGAAACGAAAAAGUACAUCUGAUUCCACAUCCACUACAUCUCAGCCUCUUCCGCCAGCCAAGAAAGUUCCUUUCGACACUGCUACCUUGAAGCAUAUCGUCCCCUAUGUGAACGGACUGAUGAGGAGGGUCAAGGAAGAGCUCCGCGAGGCAGAAGGUCUGUACACGAGCCCAAAUCACAGCCCAAAGAGAAAGGAACCACCCCAUCUGGAACAUAUGAUGGACAGCUCUACAAGGACAUUCUCAACUUCGCCAACAGAACGUAGAGCCAAGAGCGGUGACUCUCAUUUUCAAUCCAACGAAAGCGAACUUGCUGCUCAGAUGGCAAUGACGACGAUGACGGUCAUGUAA